AUGAAGGCACUGCGCUGCGUGUUGUUUGUGUGUUGGCUCCUUGUGUGGUGUGCCUGCGGGUGUGCGGGGGAUCCUGCAGAAGGCGGCACUGAACUUGCUGGUAGGGGUGGUGGUGGUGGUGCUGUUGGUGUUGGUCCUGGUCUAGACCCACUGCCUGUGAACACAAGCUGUGAAACUCCGGUUCCCGAAGGUAAGGCUUGCACAGGUCUCUCGUCUUCUGCUGAACCUCCAGGUCCUGUACUGCAGGAUGAACGUAAUUGUGUGCCUCCUACGGCUCAUUGUGCGUCCACCCCCGCGGGUGGAAUUAGCGUUGAGGCUGGCGGUGCGACAUGUGUGCCUCCUGACCGUACCGCACAGUGUUCCACUGAACCAGUGACGACCGUUCAAGACAGUGUGGUGCCGGAUUCUAACGGUCCCAUUACUCCUGCGUGUACAGGUGAGGAGGCUUCUUGUCAACAGGGACAACCUCAGCCACAACUACAACCACAACCGCAGCCGCAGCCGGGUUUGGCAUUAAUGGACGGUGAAAAUAUGCAAAGUGAUAAGGAUUGUAAGGCUGGCACUACUACCUGUACUCCCGGUACUGUUGAUCUGCGUCCGAAUGAAGAUUGUGCAACGCAUAUCCCUGAAUGUAAACCUGCCGCUUCUCAGUUGCCUGAGAAUGCUAAACUGGAUCGUGUACCUGGCAGCACUGGUGAGCAUGACGGUCUCUCCGCACCUCCGUUGCAGGGGGAAAGUAUUCGCACAGUCAGUGGUCAGUCAAGCAUGGAGUUGGCUAAUGGGAGCAGGGAAAGAAAGGGGCUGAAUAAAGAACAGACAAACGACAAAGUAAAAUCGGACCAAGACAUUGACGUCCCAGAGAAAGAAAAGGAAGAUGUGGACACCAAGCGGGCUUUGAGACCCACGGCGCCACCCGAGGAGCGGGAAACCCCAAGCACCUCUGAGAGCGGUCAAGGUGACACGGCCAAUAACGACGGCGUUGACGCGACCUCCCAGAGUACCAGCAGCUCUACUGCGGAUGAGUUCAAAGCACACAAAGAGGAAAUGGGCAGCAGGCAAGCCGCCAACAAGAAUAAGAAUAGCUCACCGCUCACGGAUGGUGGGAUUGCUGAAAACGAUUCAUUUGCAGCUGCUGCUGACACUGCAUCGGAACCUAAAGCCAACCCGUCUGCUUCCACGAGCGCUGCUGCUGUCGAGAACGUGAAGGACCCGAAGGCG